AUGUCAAGCUGUACAUCACAAGCUGACAAUGGGGCUGAUGCCACUGGCAGGAUCACAGCAGCUCUUGGAGGGGGCUCAGCAGCCCUGCACCCCCUGGGAUGGGAGGGCAGUGACCCCCUGGUGUGUCCCCAGGUUCCCUCCUCCCUCCUUGCCAGCACCAAGACCACAGCCAGCGAUGAGCUCAGCCUUAACACAGGAAGGGUGAAGGGGGAAAGCCUGGGCAUGGUUUACCUGCGGCUUUCGGCUCUGAAGCCACCCGGGGGCGGUGCGGCGCGGCCGGAGCUCCCACCAGCACAGCCCCCGCUCCUUAUCCAGAGCCCGCCGGUGCGGGGCAGAGCCGCCAUCCCGCGGGGCUCGCAGGCUGCCGGUGCCAUGCGGGACCCGCUGCUCUGGGCGAGCUGCCUGCUGGCCACCGGCUGCCUGGGGGGCUGCCGGCAGCGGUGCUGCCCCGGCAGGAACAACGCCUGCCGGGCUCCCUGCUACUGCCACUCGUACUGCCAGAGGACGGGGGACUGCUGCCAGGACUACCUGGCCAUGUGCCGCCGUGCCGUUGAGUGGCGGAGGGGACGGCCCUGGGGACCGCGCCUGGGGACACUCCCUGUACUGCUGCCAUCGGUGGCGAGUGUCUGCUGUUACCUGUUAGCCCCGUACUUCGAGAGGGGUCAGGGAAGAGGGGGGCUGCUGGGUCACUCUAGCCCUUGCCCUCCCUGUCCCCUGUGCCGCAUCUCCCCUGCUCUGCUCUUACCAUUGCUCAUGACACUGAAACUUUCUUUUCCUUCUCCUCCAUCCGUGGCAGCGGUGGGCUGUGCUGUGGAGCCCUGGGGGCCGUGGAGCGGGUGCAGCUGCCGGUGCGGGGCUGGCAGCAGGGCCCGCAGCCCCCAGGCGCCUGCCCAAAGCCGGGACCCCCUCCUGCACCCCCCUGUGUUCAUGGCCUCUUUGCACCCCCCACACUCAGGGCCUUUUUGCUUCCCUCAGCCAUUACUCUUCUCUCUGCUCCAAACCACAGCCUUUUGCAUGCCCGACAGAACCAUCAUCCUUCCCACCCUCCAAAAUAGGAUCCCUGUGCACCCCCAGAGCCAUUACCCUUCUCACCUCUCCAACCGAAGCCCCUCUGCCACCUCCCCAAACGCACAUCCCCUUUAUACCCCAAUCCUUCAAAAAAACCACCACAACCUCUGUCCUACUUUCCAACCACCAUUUCCCCUCUUUUCUCCUCCCGUUUCCCCCCUGCCCAGCUCCCCCCUCCGCAGCUCCUGCGGCUGUUUCUGCCUGACGCAGGUGGGAGCCCCGUGCCGCGGGCGCGCCUGGAGCCGCGGGCUGCAGCGGCACGGGCAGGCGUGUGUGCAGUGCUGGGGGAAUCUGUCCCACCGCCGUCCCCACUGCACUGGACACGGCCUGCAAGGGGCCAGGACAUUUUGGGUGGCCGCUUCUGUGGUGGGGUGCCAGGGCUCGUGGGUGCAGGAAGGGCUGUGUCUGCUCCCCACCAGCUCUCAUCUUCGUGUAGGAUCCCCCUGGGAAGGUCUGCUGCUCACCAUUGGUGCCAGCUCCCUCUGUUUUCCAUUAAAUAUUUUGCUGAAGAAUGGAAAAACCUUUCUUAUAAAGACUAAAAACAAGGGAAUUGCUAAAGUGUGGUGAUUAA